AGGAUCAACAUGGCCGACUGUCCCCGGACUGUACUGAUCUCAGGCUGCUCGUCAGGAAUUGGCCUGGAGCUCGCAGUGCAGCUGGCUCAGGACUCCAGGCAGCGCUACCAGGUGGUGGCCACCAUGAGAGACCUGGGAAAGAAGGGGACACUGGAGGCAGCUGCCGGAAAAGCUCUGGGUCAGACCCUCACUGUGGCCCAGAUGGACGUGUGCAGCGAUGAGUCAGUGGCUGAAUGUCUCAGCUGUAUCCAGGGAGGAGAAGUGGAUGUGCUGGUGAAUAAUGCUGGAGUGGGCCUGGUGGGGCCCCUGGAGGGGCUCAACCUAGCUACUAUGCAGAACGUCUUUGAUACCAACUUUUUUGGAGCUGUCCGUCUGGUCAAAGCUGUGCUUCCUGGAAUGAAGAGAAGGCAGCAGGGCCACAUUGUGGUGGUCAGCAGUGUCAUGGGGCUGCAGGGUGUUGUGUUCAAUGACGUCUAUGCAGCCUCCAAGUUUGCCCUGGAAGGAUUCUUCGAGAGUCUGGCCGUCCAGCUGCUCCAGUUCAACAUCUUCAUCUCCCUGGUGGAACCCGGCCCAGUGGCCACUGACUUUGAAGGAAAGCUCCUGGAGCAGGUUUCCACAGCCGAGUUCCCAGGCACUGACCCUGACACCCUGCACUACUUCCGGGAUCUCUACCUCCCAACUUCCAGGGAGCUCUUCCGCUCUGUGGGACAGAGCCCACAGGAUGUGGCCCAGGUUAUUGUCAAGAUCAUCAGCUCAACCAGACCACCCCUACGACAACAGACCAACUCCCGCUACUACCUGCUGACUGCGCUCAAAGCCGCCGACCCCUCUGGCCACCUGUAUGUGAGAAGCGCCCACCGCCUGCUCUUCCGCUGGCCGCGCCUCCUCAAUCUAGUCCUCCGUUGUCUGGCCUGUGGCUGCCUCCACACCUGUACCAGGGUACAGCCCCGGUGAGCCUUGCCCAAUCCUCCCCACCCCUGGACAGCCAGACCUCUUCAGUCCACACCCAUCUCAGAGGCCCUACAGACUAUUCAUUCAUUCAUCCAUCCAUUCAUUCAUUCAGCAAACUCUGCCUAAACUACUCUGUUCCUGAGCGAUGCUUAGCCUCCAGGCAUAGACUCCUCCCAAGUCAGGGCUGGGGCAGAGAGAGGGAACCUAGGACACUGGGCUGAGAAUCCAGAGCAAGUUGCCGGUGCUGUGUCUGGGAAAGCAAGGGAGGCUUCCUGGAGGAAGGUGCAUUGUCCAUGGACAUUGGAGGGUGAGACAGAUUGUCUGAUUCAACCUCAGGACUUCAUUAUCUUGUGCCUGGGAAUACAGGUAUGAUGCAAACGCCUCCAUCCCCCUCCCGCACAAGCAUAGAGCUGGGUUGACUAGGGGUCUCUGGACUUUUCUGGUCACACACUCA